AUGGUGUCCUGGUCUGACGAUGUCCGUCACAUGACGGGCGAAAGCUCAACAUGGAUUCAUCGGGGCCGCUCGGCAGUGCACGGAGGACCUAUUUGCACAAAUCUACAACCACAGCUCAAAGGCAAGCCCUCACAACCUCAGGUAGAGUGA